AUGUCUUCAUGUUGUGUGAACGGCUCCUCAAAUCCAAUCAAAGCAGGAAAAAUGAGAGUUCCGACAUGGCCGACACAAGACAAAAAGCCUAUUUGGCGACUCCUUAACAAGAGUGGACAGACAUUAACAGUUGUCGAUGUUGCAUUUCCGACUGGGACUGACCUAAUGAAACACAAGGGCCGAGAUAAAGCAAGUGUCAGCAAGUGUCACCUGUGGUUUGUCACACGGAACUGGAUUCCAGACAAUGUUUACGAAUCUUGGAACACUCAACCGGUCGUAGCUGGUUCAGAUUCCGAACACGAUGAUUGCAGUGAUGUGCUUUUGUCUGACGUGGACAGUCUCAAUGAUUCAUUUAUCUCCAAGUCGGACAAUGAGCUUGCGAGUUCUUUGAUGGAACUGGAGUUGACUGAUGCUGAAGUCGAGGAUCCCAAAGGCAAAGGAAAAAUGAAGGUUGUAUUGCCAAAGAGAACUAACAUGAAACAAACUCGCACAGUUCUUUCCCCUGAGCAAUCGCCAUCGGAGGUUCAGAGAGCAAUUCGAAAGAAAAGUAAAGUUAAACAGGAAUCAGCUAAUGAUGUUCAAGCUGCCAUUCCCUUGUUUUUUAUGGAAUCUGGGCCAUCGACAGGCUCUCAGCCAUUUCCGUUGACUCAACUUGCUCAGUCCAAUAGCCUCAAAACGGUGUUGUUCCGUAGCAGUCCACUCGGAGUGCCAGCUGGUACUGCCAUUCAAUUCCUAAAGUCGAAGAGUGCAUUAUCAUCCCCACCUGAAUUUGUGUCAGUCAGUGAGGCGGAUGUCUUGUGGCGCAGUCGAUCACACAUUGACGACCCUUUUGCACCGGAGCAGAUCAAUCCCUGGGAUUCUCACUAUUCCAUGAAGCCCACUAACCUCCAGCUCAUUACCAUUGCCCAGACAUAUCAGGUUGUUUUUGGAAUUUUCAAUUUUAGUGUGAGAUACUUUUACGCCGUUUUACCGUCACAUGAUGUCUGGAUUCAGCCGGAUUCUUGGAACCCUUCUGCUUUUGGGGGCGGGCAAGUCUUUGCGUGCCGAUUUGCAUUCUUUCUAACCAAACAUUAG